UCUUGAGGGCUCACAUAGGUGUUUUUUGGAGAUUCAGUUAACGUGCCUUAUUUUCCAAGAGAAUUAACAGUCACUUUAAUUUAAUAUCAGCAGUCGAUCUGAUACUGAUUCAAGAUGAGCCAGAAAGAUGUUGAGAAAGAGAGCUUCACCUUGUACGAUCCUCUCCCACGCAAAUUAAAGAAAGACAAGACUCUCGUCCAGGUUCCCAAGGAUCCCAAGCAGUUUGUGACCAGCUUCCUGAGAGCAGCGGCUCCGAGGAAACGGGGUGAGCAGCUGGAGAAGUUAUCCUCCAGGAAGGAGAUGGUGAUGGAUGCCGUCAAGCCAAAGCGGAGGACAGAACGACGACGAGGAAGAAAGAAAAAAGCGCUGAGUAAUAAGCAGAAGAAAGAGCUCAACAUGAACAACAUCCCAAAAGAACUACAAAAAUAUGAAAUGUAUGAGCCUCUUCACCAGUUGUGGUUGGACUACAUGAGGGACAGUUUACAACUCAAAAAUCCGACAGUGACAGCGGAGAAUCUGCACAUCAAGUUAUUACGAUGUGAUCUGCAUGGGAGUAUAAUGACAGUGACUAAAUCCAAGUGUCCGUCAUAUAUCGGGCAGUGCGGCAUCGUCGUUCAAGAAUCCAGAAAUGCCUUCAAGAUGAUCACAAAAGCAGAUGUUAUGAAGACUAUACCUAAAGCAAGCACUAUCUUCACGAUGUCCAUCGACAAUCUGGUUGUUAAUAUCUACGGCAACCAUCUCAGGUUCCGGGCCGGAGAUAGAGCCAACAGGAAAUUCAAGGUCAAACCAACGAUAGAUUUAUAAAAAAAGAUU